AUGUCCAGUGUCUCCGUCCAGGGCCUAGCAGUGCGCUCAGCAGGGGGCGAUCGCCGCGCUACUGUGGCCAUCAACUGUCUGCCAUCCGAACCAGGUAAAGCCUUCCUAGCGGCCAGUCUCACAACUGGACUCGGGAUAGAGCUAUCCAUCUGCAUCGUCAACGCACCUGCCCCGCCUUUCGUCCCGCCCAUCUCCAACCUCAACAUCUGGAACGACACUGUUUGUCUCGACAUAUCUCACUCUCUACAACACUCAUUUGUUCCAACAUUGACACUGCGGCUUAUACUAAAACUGGUAUUCCAAGUUCUUGGUCUUGUGUAA